AGUCGUCACUUAGCAUGCGCAUGCGCUACCGUCUUGUUGGCCAGUUGUAUUUUAGCCAUUAGCACGUACGGUACGGCGCUAGCUUAACGCGUCAAGUGUAAAGUUUUUUUUAACAAAUGCGUACUAAGCUUAACUCAGUUGAAACAUAAAUUGAAAAGCGAAAGUUGCGUGUCUAGUGGAGUUAAUGCAAAAUAUAAAAACUCAAAAACAAUCACAACCUUCAGCAGUUCCUGAACUACAGUUACGUUCAAAAUGCCAGGGGCCGGUUCUCAUCCACGUCUGUUCUUCUACUUGCUCUGCGUGGCCUCACUGUUGGCCGUCUCGAAAUCGGAUACCGGUAGUACAAAGAACAGCUAUUUCAUGUCGUAUUUUUAUUAUUUAGUUAUCAACUUUAUCAAUCCCUUUGCCAUGCCAAUAUUUUAUCGCUUUGCUAAAUUAUUGCCUUUAGCGCCAGCUGCACCUGACUUGGCCCACGAUGCUGCUGUACAGUUGGGCCUACUAAAUCAACGUUUAAAUCAGCUGGCUAAUGAGGAGCAAUCAAGGCAAUUGGGACUUACCAACUUUACAUUCAACAAUCUGGUUAAUCGCAUACCCUGCAAUUGUGAUACGGGUCUAUGCAAAUGUUGUGCGGGCUUUCUUGCUGUCAUAGGCAUGAACAGCUGCACUGAGGUUGCCUAUCGGCCGGAGGAGUUUAGCUUUGAGCUGCGCAUGCGUGUUAACAACAAUAUUUGGUUUCGACGCAAGGUUUCGGGACAGAACCCGCCACCGUUUUGCUUUAGGCCGCCGCGUUUUAAUUUCGCACGCGCCUGCAUACAAUUUCAUGAUAUUUGGUUCGUAGGUCGCAAUAUGCAUGUGUGCAUGUAUUUAUCGGGUGAAUUCCAAGGCUUUGAUUUGUUUGAGCGCAACUUUGAUUGUCUGCUGUUUGGCGAUCAUGGCGUUAAGAUUGUGCCACCCGAGCAGGGUUAUCCACAGCGACCCAAUGCUGUGGAUAUAGAUGAUGGCGAUGAUGAGAUCGAGGACUAUGAUGAGAAUGUUGUGCGCAGUUUGGCUGAGCAAAUGAUAAGCUAAUUAGCCACAUAAGCUAAUUUAUUUAUUUAUUUAUGUGCAUUGUUAAUUAAAGGCAACA